AUGACCUCCUGUGGGUUUGAACUCUCCCUGGUUCUGGAGCAGGCCACUGAGGCAGUGACCUUUGAGGAUGUGGCUGUGAACUUCACUGUGGAGGAGUGGGCUUUGCUGGAUCCAUCCCAAAAGACGCUUUACAGAGAUGUGAUGUGGGAAAACUUUAGGAAUGUGGCUGCUAUAGAAAGAAACUGUGGUGACCAGCAACUUGAAGAUGACUACAACAGUUGCAAGAGAAAUCUAAGAGGUGAAAAGGUAGACAAACUGUAUCAACAUGAAGAAAUAGUGUUUUGUUCUCCAGAUGGUAAUUUGUACAUGAAAACAGUUGGCACAAAACCAAGUGAAAGCUUUGCCUGUAGAAAGCACCUGCUAUCUCAUUCACCAGAAAAUAUGCCCGUUAAAGCUAAUCCUGCACUCAAAUUGUAUGAGUGUCAGAGCUGUCGAGAGAAGCUAUCUAACUGUAGCAAACAUAGGGACGCCUGCACUGAAUUGCAAUCCUUUCAGAAGCAUGCUAAGAUAACUCCUGGAGAGAAAACGUAUGAAUAUAAGAAAUGUGGAAUAUCUUUCUCUGAUGGCACUGAAAGAACUAACAUGGCAGAGAAGCCUUUUGAAUAUAAGCUUGAUGUGCCAGCCUUCAGUACAUCGAACUAUGUUGAAAUCCAAGAAAGACAUCACAGUAGAGUGGACCCAUAUGUAUGUAUACAAAGUGAAAAAGGUUUUGAUUUUCACCAUGAUGUUCAGAUCCAUGAAAGUGCUUACACUGGAGAAAAACACUAUGUGUGUAAGUACUGUGGGAAAUCCUCACUUUGUAAAUUUGAAAGUGGAGAAACUGAGGAGAAGCACUAUGUGUGUCAGCAUUGUGGGAAAACUUUCAGCACACCAUUUACUUGUCAAAAUCAUGAAAGAAUUCACACUGGGGAAAACCCCUAUGUACAUAAGCAAUAUGGAAAAGCCUUUGGCGCACAAUUUAAUUGUGAAAAUCAUGAAAGAAUUCAUACUGGGAAGAAAUGCUAUGAAUGUAAGCAGUGUGGCAAAGCUUUUGGCACAAAAUUUAACUGUGAAAAUCAUAAAAAGAUUCACACUGGUGAGAAACCCUAUGUAUGUGAUCAAUGUGGAAAAGCUUUCAGCAGACACAGUCAUUUUCAAACACAUGUAAGAAUUCAUACUGGGGAGAAACCCUAUGUAUGUAAGCAAUGUGAGAAAGGAUUUAGUACAUACAGUCAUUGUAAGAGACAUGCAAGGACUCACACUGGUGAGAAACCCUAUAUGGAAUAUAAAGAACAGAAAGAGGGCUGCUGCCAUUACUUGCUGCUGUUUCUGCUUCUGGUGGAUGAAGAGUGA